AAGAAACAUAGACCUGGCUCCUUCCCUGCCUUGGGGAUCGAGGAUUCGAUAGCCAAGGCUUUAAUGCAUGCAGGGUACAAGUUUCCGACGCCCGUGCAACGCAAAUCGAUUCCUGAACUCUUAUCCGGGGCUAAUGUUGUGAUGAUGGCUCGAACAGGAUCAGGCAAGACGGCCGCUUUCUUGGUUCCUCUGAUUCAGAGAAUUCGAGCAAUAAGUGACUCAAACUGGGCUCAGGGCAAAGUGAUUGGCAUACAAGGUCUUGUUCUGGUCCCAACUAGGGAACUUGCGUUGCAAACUUUCAAUUUUUUCAAGUCAUAUGCCAAGUACACGCAGUUGACUGCCUGCUUGAUCGUUGGUGGAGAAGCCUUGGAGCCGCAGUUCGCGGCACUAGCAACAAAUCCGAACGUGGUCAUCGCUACACCUGGACGAUUGCUGCAACUGUUGAACGAGGUCCGCACGUUCUCAUUGAAGGGAGUUCGGGUUUGCGUCCUUGACGAGGCUGAUCGCUUGUUCGAGACUUCCCUGAUACAGAGCGAGAGAGCGGUGAAGAAGAAACCUUUCAGGCAAAUGAUCUUGGUCAGUGCUACAAUGCCAAAGGAGCUCGCAGACUUUGCAUCAGCCGAUGUGCAAGAUCAUAUCCUGAUACGCCUAGAUACUGAUACUCUAAUGUCCGAAAGCCUCAAAGUCGGAUACUUUUAUGUCUUGGAUUACGAGAAACUUCCCGGACUUGCCUUCCUACUGAGCAAUAUUCUUGACACGACGGGUAAUACAACAUUACCAUGUCUCAUCUUCUGCGCCACAAGGCACAGCGUGGAACUUAUAACGCAGGUGCUGGGACACGCAGGCUUCCAGGUGGGAGGGCUCCAUGGGCACGCAGACAACGAGCAAAGGAAAAUUCUGGUCGAAGACUUUGCGAAGAAAAGACUUCAGGUUCUAGUCGUCACAGACCUUGCAGCACGUGGCAUUGAUAUCCCUCUCCUGGACUACGUCAUAAAUUUUGACUUUCCGAGUACUCCCAAGUUGUUCAUUCAUCGUUGCGGUCGUGCAGGCAGGGCAGGGAUGAUAGGCACCGUCUAUUCCCUCAUUACUCCAGAAGACCUUCCGCAUCUCAUCGAUGCAAAUCUUGUCCUUGGGCGGAAAAUGAGAACUACCCCU